AUGGCGCCCCCACUAUGGCGCAGCUACGCCACAUUCCAGUCGUCUACUAAGCGUCCGGCUGCCUCUAACGUCCAAGAAACGGCGGGAUUUUUCUCCCGGAUCUUCCUCUUCUGGGUCAAACCCAUGAUGCAACAAGCGCACACUCAGCAACUUAACGCUAGCGACGUGUGGCCUUUGCGUCCUUCAAUCCGAGCCGAUGUCAUCCUCCAGAGGUUCAAGACGCCGUUGCAGCAACAUAAGAAUUUCCUUCCCAAGGCGUUCGCUCAAGUGUUCUGGUUCCAAUUCGUCCUCACGGGGCUGGCAAUGCUUGUGUCAAUGAUGUGCAACUUAAUGGGACCCAUCGCACUUAACCGAGUUGUAACGGUACUUUCGGAUACUUCCGAAGAGGAAGCCGAACUCGAAGCUACAGCAGCUCAAUGGGUCGGUCUGGUGUUCGCUGCCCAAGUGAUUCAAGCUCUAGCUGAUUGCUACAUUGGGACACAGAACGAGGUGGCUGCUAUCCAGUGCAUUUGCCUGCUAAAAACUUUAUUAUUCCGGAAGAUGAUGAAGUUAAGUGCCAGUUCCCGCAAGAGAAAAUCGACCGGAGAACUUACCAACAUGUACACGGCAGACUGCGAGUCGCUGGUACGAACAGCGUUGGUAGUGCACCAGAUGUGGCUCAUCCCGCUCCAGAUCCUCGUGGUUAGCUACAUGCUCGUCCGUGUACUGAGUGUUGCUGCAUUUGCGGGCAUUGCCGUGAUCGUGUUGAUGUUGUGGCUCAAUCAUUUCGUCUCGAAGCAAAUGCACAGCUUAGAACGCACACAUCGACGUGAAAAAGACAAACGGAUGAAAAAGGUGACGGAAGCGUUGAAAGCGGUGAGUGUCGUCAAGCUUAACGCUUGGGAAGGCCCGAUUACGGCAGAAAUUAACGCCGCACGGGAGACGGAGCUGCGUGCUUUACUCAAGAUGCGCAUCAUGACAUCGCUGAGUAUCGUUCUGCUUUGGGGCAUGCCGGUUUUCGUCAGCAUUGCUGCGUUUGGCACCUUUUCUGCUGGAUUGCAUCGCCACCUCACACCCGCGAUUGUGUUUACGAGUCUCGCGCUGUUUUUACUGAUCCAAGCGCCACUGCGUAGCAUCACGUCGAUCGUUUCGAUGGCUAUUCAAUGCAGUGUGGCGUUGGAGCGAGUAUCGUCGUUCUUACGUAUGGAUGAGUUGGAAGAGAGCAAUGUUAUGACUGCUGACGAUCCCUUGGCCCAUAAAUAUAAAGCCAAAGACGUAGUGGUCCAGGGUCCUGUUGGGUGUGGGAAAUCUUUCUUGUGUUCUGCGCUGCUUGGAGAGAUGCAGAAACGUAGAGAAACUGUGCUUGUAAGUGGCAGUGUGGCGUACUGCUCGCAACAACCGUGGAUCCAGAAUAUGACUGUGAAAGAUAAUAUUCUGUUCGGCCAUCCGUUUGAACGAACCAAGUACGAGAAAGUACUUGACGCAUGUGCCUUGACACGUGAUCUUCAGUCGCUACCAGUAGGAGAUCGCACCGAGAUUGGAGAGCGUGGCGUCAACUUUUCAGGUGGCCAACAAGCUCGAAUUGCGCUGGCUCGAGCGUGUUAUAGCGACUCCAGCGUCUAUAUUCUGGAUUCGCCGCUGUCAGCAGUAGACGCGAUCGUGCAGAACGAAAUAGUCGAGAAAUGUUUGCUCGGACUUUUGAGAGAGAAGACGAUCAUAUUGGUGACUCAUAACCCGGAGAUUAUGACGUCGAGGUUCAUCACACGAGCCGUCACAGUGAACGACGCAGGUUCUGUUAUAGAGACUUUCUGUGCCGACAAUCAACCAGACUACGAGGCUCUUGUUUCUCCAAUAGGAAGAGAUUCGGAUCGUCUAUCGUUCGAUAACAAUGCAACUACGUUGUAUAGCAUUAGUGAAGACACGGAAGAUGUGGCACCAGACUGUUCUACUCGGAAGAAGUCGCUGAGUUUUGCAGGUACCGAAGACAGCGAGAGAGGCAGGCUGAUUCAAGCUGAAACGCGGUCGGAGGGGCGAGUUGCUCGUCAUGUUUUUGAGGCCUACUACCACGCAGUAGGCGGCCUACCAGUCGUGUCAGCUAUUCUCGUGUCUCAAAUGUUGUGGCAAGUACUGCAGAUCAGCAGUGAUUUCUGGCUGAGUCAUUGGUCGAAUGACGCUGCUACACUUGGAGCAGCUGCGGCGAGCGCACAUACGCACACAGCGUAUCGUUUAGGUGUGUACGCAAGUCUCGGACUACUGGCAGCAACGAUGGUGUUUGGUAGGACCGUACUAGUCACGAUCUAUGGUAUUCGCGCUGCGAGGAACUUAUUCGACCGCAUGACGUACGCUUUGAUGCACGCGCCCAUGCGAUUCUUCGAUGCGAACCCAAUCGGCCGCGUAUUAACUCGCUACGGAGGUGACGUAGCUGCCGUAGACGUCCAGAUCCCCUUCAUGUUCGGGACGCUAGCGGCCAACGUAUUUCCCGUUGGCUGUAGCUUAGCCACCGCUGCGUUUUUGAUCCGUUGGAAAGGGUUAUUGUUGCUCCCAGUGAUCGCAGUGUACGUGGCCGUCGGUAGUUUCUACAUCUCGCCAGCUCGAGAGUUGCAGCGCUUGUCGAAGACUACGCUGUCUCCUGUUUUAACGCACAUGUCGGAGUCUGUUGAUGGUGCGUCCAUCGUUCGCGCUUUCGGACAAGUCCAAAGAUUCUUCCAGACCAGCAGUGCGAUACUCGAUGCGAACCAUAAGAUCUGGUACGCACAAGUGUACGUUACGCAAUGGUUCUCGCUGCGUAUCCAGCUUGUGGGCUGUUUAUUGUUACUUGUGGUCACGUCUUCGCUCGUGCUUCUGCACCGUCAACUCGACGUCGCAAUGAUCGGCUUGGCCUUCUCGUAUUCCUUGAAAAUUGCAGCUAAUCUGGAGGGAAUCAUACGCUCUUUGGCUCGUAUCGAGACGGUAAUGAUCAGUCCUGAGAGGAUACAAGAGUACAUUGAGAUCGAGCAAGAAGCGCCCUACCGUAUCCCCAUGAUGGACCCACCAGCACAACUUGAGUGGCCCUCAACUGGGUCAAUACUUUUCGACAAGGUUUCAUUCCGAUACCAACCGAGAGGCGACUUGGUACUGCGUAGCUUAAGCUUCUCUAUAGCUGGAGGACAGAAGAUCGGAAUCGUUGGUCGCACUGGAGCCGGCAAGUCGAGCUUGGCUAUGGCUUUGUUUCGCAUCAGCGAGCUUACAUCAGGUAGAGUGCUGGUCGACGGCGUUGAUGUGGCCACUAUCGGUCUCAAAACACUGCGCGAAAAACUGUCUAUUAUCCCUCAAAGUCCGGUACUCUUCAAGGGUUCGUUGCGUGCUUACUUGGAUCCAUUCGACGAGUUCACGGACGAUCAGUUGUGGGCCUCUAUUCGAGAAGUUGGGCUGACUCAACGUAUCGCUGAAGACAAGAGGAAACUCGCGAUGAUCGUGGAGGAGAACGGCGAGAACUUCAGUGUGGGCGAGCGGCAGAUGUUGUGUAUGGCUCGAACUCUGCUGCGUCACUCGCGUAUCGUCAUCUUCGACGAGGCCACUGCGACGAUUGACCACGAGACAGACCAAAACCUGCAACAAGUGAUCCGUACAGCGUUCAAGAAGUCGACAGUGCUGACGAUUGCGCAUCGAUUGGACACUGUCCUGGACUCGGAUCGCAUUCUGGUGCUUGAUAAAGGUCGCUCGGUUGAGUUUGCGUCACCAAAGGAGCUAGUGAGUAAAAGCCAAGGACACUUCUUCGACCUUAUGCGCGAAGGUGGAUACUUGGACAAGUUCAAGCAGCAACAAGGAAUCAAAGCGGCGAGUAUCGCUUAG